GCCAGCCGGGCCCCAGUGCGGCGGCCGCGAGAGGAGGCGGAGCAGCGCAGCCCGGACCAGCCGCCGCUCAGCUCAGCUCAGCUCAGCCGCCAGCCGGCUCCCCGCGUCCGCCCGCCCAUGCCGGUGUGGUGCUGCCGCUGCUCCUUGGCCCGCCACUUCAGAAAUUACAGUGGCUCUGAAAGUGAAGGACAACUUUUGAGCUCCUUAGUGCAGCAUUUUGGUGACAACCUUGGGAGGAAAGAUAAAAGAAUGCCCUUACUAGAAGAAACCACUCUGACUGGGGACCCACUCCUGACUGUGCCAAUAGUAAUAAUAGGGAAUGGACCUUCAGGAAUUUGCCUUUCUUACAUGCUGUCUGGGUAUAGGCCAUACUUGUCUCCUGAAGCUGUACAUCCAAAUCCCAUUUUGCAUAGUAAAUUAGAAGAAGCUAGACAUCUCUCUAUUGUUGACCAAGAUUUAGAAUACUUGUCUGAAGGUCUUGAAGGACGUUCUUCCAAUCCAGUUGCAGUACUUUUUGAUACACUGCUUCAUCCAGAUGCUGACUUUGGCUAUGAUUACCCACCUGUUCUGCACUGGAAGCUAGAACAGCAUCAUUAUAUCCCACAUAUAGUGCUUGGCAAAGGACCACCUGGUGGAGCUUGGCAUACUAUGGAAGAUUCUAUGUUGACAAUCAGUUUUGGAGACUGGAUGGAGUUACCAGGACUGAAGUUUAAGGAUUGGGCAGCUAGUAAACGCAGAAGUAUAAAGAGCAACAGAGUUAUGCCGGAGGAAAUAGCUUGUUAUUAUAAACAGUAUGUUAAAGUCAUGGGCCUCCAGAAGAACUUCAGAGACAAUGCUUACAUAACAUCUGUUUCAAGACUUUACCGAGAACAGGCUGACGAAGAUGAAAGCCAAGUGAGUGAAGAUAUUUCAGCACAGCAUUUGCAAAUGGCAAAGGAAGAUGUACAGACAUCACUGAUCAAGAGAAACUGGGAAGUCAGAGGUUAUCAGAGAACAGCAGAUGGCUCUCAGGUGCCCUUCUGCCUCUUUGCUGAGAAUGUGGCUCUUGCGACUGGAACUUUUGAUUCUCCUGGCCGACUACAGGUUGAAGGAGAAGAAUUUCCCUUUGUGUUUCAUUCCAUGUCUGACUUUGGAGCUGCCAUCAGCAAAGGAAAACUACGUGGGAAAGUAGACCCUGUCUUAAUUGUGGGUGCUGGACUCUCAGCAGCUGACGCAGUACUGUGUGCUUACAACAAUAACAUCCCUGUAAUUCAUGUGUUUCGUAGAAGGGUUACUGAUCCAAGUUUAAUUUUCAAACAGCUGCCUAAACAACUUUAUCCUGAAUACCAUAAGGUCUAUCAUAUGAUGUGUACUCAGUCACAUGCUGUGGACUCUAAUCUGCAUUCUGCUUACACCAGUUUUCCUGAGCACCGUGUACUUUCCUUCAAGCCAGACAUGAAAUGUGUCCUACAGAGUGCCUCUGGAUUGAAGAAAAUCGUCAAGUUCUCCGUAGCCUUAGUACUGAUAGGUUCUCACCCUAAUUUGUUCUUUCUAAAGGACCACGGUCAGGGGAUAGGUCAUAACCCAAACCAGCCAAUCACAUGCAAGGGUAAUCCUAUUGAGAUUGAUCCAUAUACUUACGAGUGCACUAAGGAAGCCAGUCUUUUUGCAUUAGGCCCGCUGGUUGGAGACAAUUUUGUACGGUUUUUAAAAGGAGGUGCACUGAGCAUUGCACGAUGUUUGGCUACAAGACAAAAGAAGAAACAUCAGCUAAUUGUUGAAAGAGGCGGGGGUGGGGAUGGUGUCCCGUAAAACAUGCAGUCAUAUAAACUUUCAUAUAUGGAAUUAAAGGCGUACUCUAACAAGCAACUCAUUGACAGCUAAAUUCAUUAGUAGCCUCUUCUUUGUCAUAUAUGCAAGUCACGCUUGUAUUGCCUGAUAGAGGAUGCUGAUGCUACACUACUUCUCCCUUUUCAAAAGACAGAAGUGUGGUCUUCUGUUUUAAGUGCUCUGUCCCACAACUGGAAUUUCUUCCAGACAGACAGCAAAUGAGACUAACUUACAGUGACUUACCUGUGGUCUAUUGCUCAAACGAAAGAGCACACUUACUCUCUGGAAAGAGAAUGUCUUGCCCGAGCGCUGGUUUUUAUUCUGAGUAUUUCACCACACAAAAUAUACUUAUCUUUAAAGUAUAAAUGUAAGUUAAGUUGUCAGAGCAGAAAGCUUUCCUUGUGAUGAUCUUUGGUCUCAAAGCAAAUGUGUGUAUUUUGAACAAGGAUUAUAUUUAUUUUGCCAUAGUAAUACUGGCAUUUGUAUAAAUGUUUAUUUAGCCUGUAGUAAAACAGUCUUUACAAUAAACAAACAGGAUUUCUAUAAGCAGAAAAAAAUUGGCUUAACAGUUAAACCAGAUCCAUCAUUAUUUGGUACUGGGAUAAAAGAGAGAACAGCAUUCCUUUAAGCAUAGCUGCUAAUUUGACAAUCCACUAAUGUUUUUGUCAAGCGUAUGCCUCCACUUUCAUAAGUGCAUAAGGACCAUAAUAUAGAGAUUUUAUAGAGAUGUGUUCUCUAUUACACUGCUAUGUAACUUUCCAAGAAUAUUCUGGUUUACAGUAAAAUAAUAAAGUGCUGAUGCAAGUGCUCUUACGACAGUGUCAAUAUAGCGAAUACCUAAUGUACUUUUGAAAAAAAAAUCUGUUUGAAAAGGAAAUAUUGUUGAGAAGUAACUGUAAAACUUGUAAACAAUUUUUCUCACAAUACCACUAAAGAAGACUGGAUGGGAUCUCUUAUCUGGUGGAGAUAGGGAGGAGACACUCCCAUCUUCCCUUAUUAAGUUCAAGCACUGGCUCCUGCUCUUUUCUAAGGUAAUGCUUAACAUUACAACUAGGAUGUCUCUAACCACUUUUUUAAAAGCCAUGGUCUAACACUGUCACCAUACAAAAUGACUGAGUCUGUAUAAAAUGUUUUUGUAAAACCAUCAUUCUCUGCUUAUGGGAUUGACAAGGAUGCAAACUGACGAUUGUAAAUUGGCACAUACUAAAUUUCACACCUCUGGUCUCUAAGGUGACACCUAGAGUCUCAAGCCCAAGUAUUUGGAUAAAUAAACUACUAUAGACACUACCCAAUGUUAUUCAUUGUAGCUGGAGCAAACAAUAAUUUGAAAGUUUUUAAAUAAUUUUCAGAACUAGUUUUAAGUACUCAUGUGUACCCCCUUUGGAUAGAUGUUCAGUUUUAGUUUAAUCCAUUACUAGGCACUUUAACUUAAAUCUAAUGUGAUAGAAGACAUGCUGUCUAAUUCAGUUCAUUUAAUGUCUGCUCUUAAGUGUACUGUGGAGUAUAUAAUGGUAGUUGUGUACCUAACGGCCUUUUUAAUCCACUAAUAAAAUGAAGCUCAAACCCCCAAAAGAUCACAAUGAUGGACAAGAUAUAAGAACCUGAACAGAAUACAGAAAAGAGCCUUGAUAACUUAUACUUAGAGACUGUGCAUAAUUGGUGAUAUACAUAUUCUGUUAUCUCAGGGGUAGGCAACCUAUGGCACAUGUGCUGAAGGCGGCACGCGAGCUAAUUUUCAGUGGCACUCACACUGCCCGUGUCCUGGCCACCGGUCCAGGGGGCUCUGCAUUUUAAUUGAAUUUUAAAUGAAGCUGCUUAAACAUUAUAAAAACCUUAUUUACUUUACAUACAACAAUAGUUUAGUUAUAUAUUACAGACUUAUAGAAAGAGAUCUAAAAAUGUUAAAAUGUAUUACUGGCACACGGAACCUUAAAUUAGAGUGAAUAAAUGAAGACUCUGCACUCCACUUCCAAAAGGUUGCUGACCCCUGUGUUAUCUCAACCAUGUGACUCUUGAGUUGCAUUAUUUCAGCAAUGGCACAAAUAGAUUGGAUAGUGCCCAGUCUGUCUGUGCCUACUAAUAAUCUUGGGCCUUGAACCUGCAAAUAUUUAGGCUUGUUAGUAUAGUUAUGUAGGAUCUGGACUUUUGCGUAAGGGAAGUGGGGGAAGCAUUGAGGCACAAGCAUUCAAACCACAGUAUUUUCAAUUGAAGGCUAAGGAAUCUACAUUUUAGAAACUUAGUUGUAUACAGUAACUCCUCACUUCAAGUCGUCCUGGUUAACGUCGUUACAUUGCUGAUCACUUAGGGAACAUGCUCAUCUAAAGUUGUGCAAUGCUCCCUUAUAACAUUGUUUGGUAGCCGCCUGCUUUGUCUACUGCUUUCAGAAAGAACAGCCCGUUGCAGCUAGCUGGUGGGGGUUUGGAACCAGGGUGGACCAGCAACUCCCUGUUCCCCUAAGUUCCCUGUGUGGCAGCUGCCCAGCAGGCUAUCAAUUGCUGGCAGUCCAGCUGUCUCCUCCCCGUCCCCCACUGCCAUGUGCUGCUCCUGCCCUCUGCCUUGGAGCUGCUCCUGGGAGCCUCCUGCUUGCUGUGCAGGGGGCAGGGAAGAAGGGGGCUAAUGUCAUGGUGCCCCCUCCCCAUUGCUCCUGCCCCCUGCUUACCCCAUCUCUAGUGGGGGACGGAUGGACAUGACAGAGCUCAGGACAGAGGGAGCUUGCGGGCAGCAGCUGCUGUCUCAACUUGCUGGCCUACUUAAAAAGGCAAUGUACUUAAGAGUGGGGUCAGCGUACUUGAAAGGGCAAUGUGCAUCUCUCACACACAUGGUAUGUGUCUCUGUCUGCCAUGCUGUCUCCCCUCCCUCCAUUUGUGCUGCCUUGUAGACUGUGAGGCUACAUUAACAAUGUGUUAACCCUUGAGGGCUCAGCUGAGUGCUAGUUCAUCAUUUAGCAGUAAGACAUUCCCUGGAAAAUAUCCCAUCCUCUGACUUCACCAUAUCAACCAAGCUUCACAAUCAUCAUUGCUGUGUACAGUAUUAAAUUGUUUAAAACUUAUACUCUGUGUGUGUAUGUAUAUACACACACACAGUUUUAAACAAACAAUUUAAUACUUAAUAUAUAUUAGUCUUUUGUCUGGUGAAAAAAAUGUCCCUGGAAGCUAAUACCCCCUGCUUACAUUAAUUCUUAUGGGGAAAUUGGAUUCGUUUAACAUCGUUUUGCUUAAAGUCACAUUUUUCAGGAACAUAACUACAACGUUAAGUGAGGAGUUACUGUAGAUUACAAAUUUAAGCAAUUUAUAGAAUCAGUUCAAUAGCAUAAAUGUGAAUAAAUGCAAAAUUUUAAAAUAAUUGCUUUUGUUCCCAGUCAUGCCCCUAUGAUUUGAAUUUAGCCAUUUCUUGUUUCAUUACUAUUUACGUAAACUAUUAAUACUUUUGUAUAUGGAAAACAGAGCUAUGUGAGUAAUUGGUUUCAAUUUUUUUAUUUUCUUUGCAUAACCAAACAUGUAGUAGACAAGUAUAAUCUUCCGCCAUCAUUUUAGCAGGACCUAAGUAUAAAUUUUAAGUUAUAGUAUACACAAU